AUGAGCUGGAAGUUCCAAAAGCCAGGGCAUAUUGAGAGGAACUGUCCUAAUGCUACCAAGGCCGAGCCAGUGCCGAAUACUGCUAGAGGAAGGCGACCUUCUACUCUAGGGCAUGUGUUCGCAAUAUCUGGGGAACAAGCUGCAGUGACUGAUGACCUUAUCCAGGGUACGUGUACUAUCGUUGGAAACUCCUUAAUGGUCUUAUUUGAUUCUGGUGCUACACACUCGUUCAUUGCUGAGGAGUGUGUGAAGAGAUUAGGAUUGCUAACUGCUGAUCUACCCUUCGAUUUGGUGGUGAUAUCCCCUGCCGCCAAUCGAUUAGUUACACGCACGGCAUGCUUGCAAUGUCCGUUGAUAUACAAGGAUCGAAAGUUUCUUGCGAACCUCGUCUGCUUAGGGCUUACAGGGCUCGAUGUGAUUUUGGGAAUGAAUUUGUUGGCACAGUAUCAUGUUCCCUUGGAUUGUGUUAACAAGGCCGUUGUGUUUCCAGAUUCAGGCGUUACGGAUUACUUGAAUUCGUACACCUUGAGGAAGGGUUCACCAGCAUUCGUGAACUCCGUUGUAGCUGAAGCGAAGAAUGACAGUGAUGUGCGCAACAUUUUGAUAGUGUAG